UAGAUAAGCAUCACACCUAGUGAAAUGUCGUUAGUUUGAUCUAGCAUACCGAGAAGGAAAGAUGAAGCAAAAUGUUUUCUUUUUGAUUGCAUACUUUUCGCUGGUAUUCUGCAUGUGUAAUGCGGUAUCACAUUUCAAAAAUUGCGCCGACAAGCAACUGAGUGACGACAAACCUCUCCAGUGCAAAAUUAGAAAUCUGCAAGUCGACGGAAACAUGCCCAAAGUAAAGGAAUACAUGAAUUGUGCUUUCGAAUCAUCUGGAUGGGCAAAAGAUGGUGGUAAAAAGUUGGACACAUCAAAAGUGGCACAAGAUAUGGUUCCAUAUGGAUUCAACAUCAAGACAGAACUGGACGAGGUGACUAAGGAAUGCGAGACAGAGUUUGGAGCGGAGAUCAGUUCGAUUGACUAUCUGGCUUGCUUGCUCAUCGAUGAAAAAACAAAGACGCAGUUCAAAACGAUGCUUAUGAUGAAAGAAGCAGAUUUUUUCAAACAAAAUCUAUGUAAUUAGAUUCAAUCUUGGAUGAAAAAAAUAUUGUCUCGCAAUCUGACCAUUUAUUAGAUGCUGCCACAUGUUUUCGGCCGCCGAAAUUUCAAACCACUCUAAUAUCAAAUAAGAUGUAUAGUUUAGAGCCAGUUUUCACCAAAAAUUCACAAAAUUGGUAGAAAAACAUUCGGGACUGUUUGUUGGUAUAGUAGCGUCAUUUGUUUUUUCCUGGAAUAUAAUAUUAUUACAUUGUUUAUAAACAAAAUAGAAAAUAAAAUAAAAUGAAUCAAAUGAACAGCGA